AGAACCUCCUCAAGCGCCGCAAUCGCCACUCCAAAUGGCACCACGAGUGGCACAGUGGCUGGCACCGUGGCUCUUUCUGCUGCCGGGGCUUGCAGAAGUUGAGCGGCCAGAGGGAUGUUCCGAGUCCACGUGGACCUCAGAGUGCUUGCUUCCUUCUGUCACCUGCGAGAGCCUUGCAACGGCGGGACUUACAUGUGGAGGUCAAGGCGUGGGUGCAAUCCCGGGUUGUGGAACUAUCUGUGCUGAGCCAUGCUGCAUCACCACCACCACGACGACCGUGAGCCAGACCACGAUUACACAGACCUCGACGGAGACAGCCACGACCACCCACACGAGCACUUCUCACACGGUGACGGUGACCUCCGCAACGGGAACGAGGACGGGAACGACGGCCACGGUGACCGCGACGAGCACCGCAACAGUUACUCAGACGGCGACUCUCACGAAGACCGGCACCGGCACCGGAACGUCGACCCACACAAGCACUUUGACUGCAACAGCUACCAGCACCCUCUUCGUCAACACCACCGAAGCCACCACUGCAGCGCCCACCACCUCUCCACGAGCGAGCACAACGAGCUACGAGGGCCCCACGCAGAGGCUGGUGGUGAGGGUGAAGGUGACAAAGGUGCAGAACAAUGUGGAUUACAUCACCGACUCGCGCGUCUCCACCGCCUACCGGGAAGUCAUGCAGGAGCUGACUCAGCUCCCAACGCAAAUGAUCGAUUUGCAGAUGGUGCCUCAAGCGCCAGGGAAUUUGACGGUGAGUUUCAUCCUCACGGUGCCUGAGAAGGACGUCACGGCCGUUCAGGAGACCUUGAAGGCUGAGACGCCGGCGCACUUUGGAGCUCAAGUGACCAGAUAUGUCAACACCUAUGUGGGUGAAGGUCUCUAUACACAAGAGGUGGUUUCGAUCGAGGAGGAAACCUCCGACUAUGUGGGCCUCAACGCUGCGGCGUCGCUGACCGCCUUGAGGAGUCUCUUGAUCCUUGGAGCGCUCCAGAUCGCGAGGGCGACCGAACAUUGAGCCGAUUGGGGAGGCACUGAGCAAAGAAAUCUUCAGACUUCUCCCUUUCGGCCAGUCUGGCAACGCCGUGAUUGUCAGCCGCGUGCGCUGUUCGUGAAUGGCGCGGCUGCCGCUGAUUGAUUCGUCUUUUGAGCCUGGCUCGUUUUGAUUCUAUGAUUGCGCCAGCUCCGCCGGGCUAGUACUGCUGGUCAGAUGCGCCAGAAAUGAAAGAUGUGCAGCUAAAUGCAGCUAAUGCGUAUUACUCUCGCUUUUUCGCAAUGUGCUGCACCGCGGUGCAGUUGCUACAGCCGGAUUCAAUCUCUGCAGGAGAUUGGUUCGGGCCAGAACUGUUGUGGGAAUCAUACCAUCUGAAUCGAACAACACAAACCAUGUUAUUGUGGACUUCGGGUGUGGAAUAGUUUUCCUCUUGCGCCUCGGCCAAAGACACAUUGCUUCACCCGAAAGCACGAAGACCAAAUGUUGUCCGCGAACGUUG